GUCAGCUUGUCUACCUGUCAUUUUGGCCAUUUGCUCCCGAACAAAUAUAGGCCGGCCAUUCUUAGGGCUUCCCUUCACCUUCGCUCCUGUCUCUCUUCGCCUUGGCCCUAAGGAGCUCCGCGUCGGGUAUAAAGGCGAUCCAGAUCGAGGAUAAGCAGAUCCCAGAAGUCUUGCUGAGCUAUCGUUCAUAACAUAAAUCACAAGUAAAAAUGUCAUCAGCAGAGUCCUCGCGUGAUGAGAAUGUCUAUUUGGCAAAACUUGCUGAGCAGGCUGAGCGAUAUGAGGAGAUGGUUGAAUUUAUGGAGAAGGUAGCAAAAACAGUUGAUGUGGAGGAGCUAACUGUGGAGGAACGCAAUCUUCUAUCUGUUGCUUAUAAGAAUGUAAUUGGUGCUCGUCGGGCCUCGUGGAGGAUCAUAUCUUCCAUUGAGCAGAAGGAAGAGAGUCGCGGGAAUGAAGAUCAUGUGGCCAUAAUCAAAAACUACCGUGGGAAGAUUGAGGAUGAGCUCAGCAAGAUUUGUGAUGGAAUCCUGAAGCUGCUUGAUUCCCAUCUCAUUCCUUCUGCCACUGCAGCUGAGUCAAAGGUCUUCUACCUCAAGAUGAAGGGUGAUUACCAUAGGUACCUUGCUGAGUUUAAAACUGGAGCAGAGAGGAAGGAGGCUGCUGAGAACACACUGUUAGCCUAUAAAUCCGCUCAGGACAUUGCAUUGGCUGAUCUCACUCCAACUCAUCCUAUAAGGUUGGGAUUGGCACUUAACUUUUCUGUGUUCUAUUAUGAAAUCUUGAAUUCUCCGGAUCGUGCUUGCAGUUUGGCAAAGCAGGCCUUUGAUGAAGCUAUCUCGGAGCUGGACACACUGGGAGAGGAAUCCUACAAGGAUAGCACAUUAAUCAUGCAACUCCUCCGAGAUAACUUGACACUCUGGACCUCUGAUAUAAAUGUAAUUUCGUCUCCCCUUACUAAUUUUCUUGCUGAUAAUCACUUGAGUUCUUUUUUCUUUGAAGGAAUUGCUAAUAGUGGAAAUUAUAAAAGAAAUCCAAUAGAAAUUAGUUAUCAUCCAUUUAUUUGGAAUAGGAGAAACCAACUGAAAUUUCUUUAUUUUUCCUUUAGUUGAUCAAAAUCUGUUCAU